AUGUCCAUCUUCCAGUCGCAGUGGUACAAAUCUGCUGGAGGAAAAGAACUUGUUCUUCCGAUUGAUGUUUUCUGGAACACUUUAUCAGAUUGUUUUGAAUCUUAUCUGGAUAAUUGGUCUAGAAUUUUGAGAAUUUGUGAAGAAGACAGAUCCGAUAUUGAUACAGGUAUUGCUUCCAAGGUCCAAAAUAUUCUCUUAGGGUCUCUUGUUUCUCUAGAAGACCCUCGUGAAAUAUACACAAUUAAAAAGAAAUUGGGUUCUGGUGCUUCUGGUGUAGUCAAUUUGGCAGUGAAUAAUCUUCUUGGAUCUACUGUUGCCAUAAAGUCGAUGAAUCUCGAACUACAGCCCAAAAAAGAACUUUUAAUUUCGGAAAUCGAAGUUAACUUAACUAAACACGUCAACAUAGUUAAUUAUCUUAAUGGCUUCCUGGUUAGUAACAGUGAAUUGUGGGUGGUGAUGGAAUAUCUUGAUGGAGGGGCCCUUACUGAUGUUGUGAUGGAGACAAUGAUGAAAGAGGAGCAGAUGGCUACAGUUAUUGGAGACGUUGUUAAUGGAUUAAACUUUCUUCACAGUCACAACAUAAUUCAUCGAGAUAUAAAAAGCGACAAUGUUCUUCUUGGACUCAACGGAGAUGUCAAAUUAACUGAUUUUGGGUUUUGCGCGCAGGUUGUGGGGGAUAGUGCCAAUCGUAACACAAUGGUGGGGACUCCCUACUGGAUGGCUCCUGAAGUGGUUGCCAAGUAUUUUUUAUAUUUGAACAACAUCUAG